AUGCUGAACAGGUUACAUGCUGUAAGGCUAGAACAGGUUGAGAAUGAGGCUAGAGGUUUGGUUGAAGCCACCGUUGAGCAAAUGCGUGAGCAGUUGCAACAAUAUGAACAUCGUUAUGAUGAGAUCCUUCAACAGGGUCGAAUCUUGGAAGAACAGCUGUCCGUAGCUAAGGCUGAGCUAAGCAAAGUCGAAGCUGAACUUCAGGUUGCUCGUGCAGGGUGCCAAGAGCUUGAAGCCGCCCUAACCAGCUGCCGGGGUGAUAACAACUUGCUGAACUUCCAAAACACCCAGCUACGUGUUGAGUUGCAAGUCAAAGACCGUGAGAUUCAGAGACUUCGUCAGGCUGCUUUAAGCGCCACGAGUCCUGGGUCUUCACCUCCAAAGCCUGCACCUCGCCAGCGAGAUGUGCCAUCUGCAAUUGCACCAAGUGCCUGUUCUGGUGGUUCUAGUUGGGUACAUAUCGGUUCGGAUGGGGACAAUAAUGGUGCACCUUCAUUGCCGCAAGUUGUCAAUGAGUCACCCCCUUGCCCUCCUGCAACCGUUACCGACCCUCGUGUUGACCAGUUGAUUGAUGUCGUCCAGCAACUGCUUGCCCAAAGAAAUGGCACGGAUCAAGGAUGCAAUGAUGCAUCUCCUGUUCAUGAGAUCGGAGAGCCAGAGAGGCAAGAGAAGCACAUUGUUGACAACCGAGCUUUGUUGCAUCUCAAGCUUGAACCGGUUCCUUCUGACGCUGCUGGUUUCCGAGCCUGGAAAAACGCGUUGUUGGUCCAAAUUGCCAAGCUUGAUAUGUCGGGAGAAGGUUUGGUCGUUGAAUGGCUGUCUCAAGAUGACUUCCUUGCGUCCUUGCGUGUCUUGAAGCAAGUGACUGAGUUGGAGCAAGAGGUAAUUGCCUAUGUUGAGUUGUGCGGCCAAGCGCGGUCCCAGCCGAAAGGUCGAUACAUGCUUGCCCUUCUUGCUCGUCAUUUCAGCAUCGACCGUGUUCGAGGUACUGUGCUGACUGCUUCGACGUUGUUCCAGGUUGAAAUCGGGGGAAACUCCAUGCGAGAUCUCCGAGACUUUGUGCAACCCGUAAGGACUGUUCUGUGUGCCAUACCGGUCGGACAGAGGCCAGAUGAUCGCCUCACUGGCGAAUGGCUUUUCCACCGGGUGAAGCAUAUUCGAAAGUUGGAACGCGUCAUCGAGGAUAUCAGAGACUCUGCGCCAGAAUCCCGUCGUCGUGAGUGGGAUUACUUAUGGAACAAAAUACAAGAUAUCCUUGUUCAAGAGCGAGAAGAUGCAAACUCUCACUCAGUGAUGAAGUCUUUGCAAAUUGCCGCUCCGCAGGCAAAGACAAAGGGAGUUCCUGCAGAGACUAAGGAGGCAUCCCGGAGUUCCCCAAAGGCCAAGACUCCUGCCCCAGUGUCCACUGGACCUCCACCGAAGGCUCCAGUACCUGCGAAUCCCGCACCAAGAGCUGUUGCAAAAGCAGUCGUGGCAAUGAUGGCUGCCUCAAGCAUGUGCAACAUUCCUGGGAGCAACGCUUUCAGCGUUGAAUGGGCUGCCGACACAGCUGCUGGCCGGCAUCUUGGAUCGGCGCGAGCGCUGGCAGACCAGGGAAUUCCGUCGGAGUCAUACAGGUCGUUUCUUGCGCACUCAGCGAGCCCUGUUACGUUCCACACAGGAGGUGGACCUCAGCCUGGCUCUCAGAGUUUGGGAUUUGCAUCCGACAAUAUGCCUAUCGCCAACCACUACAUGUUGGACAACUGUCCAGUUGUUCGGAGCACCGGUUUGGAUGUUGAAUCCGGGAAGGCCUUCAUAUGGUUACCUGGUUCCCUUCCUUUCUUUGUGCAUGACUUGUCUAAGCUUCGGAUUGAUUGCGCUGAGGAGGCCAGGUUUUAUGCAACGCGCAUAGAUGAGCAUGUGCCUAUUUCCACCAGCAAAGUUCAGUUUGUCCACGGCGUGGCUGCAUCAGCUGAUUCUCUUGAAGGGUCUGGUGAGGAAAGCCGAGAGCCUUCGACCCCCUUUGCCCAUGAUCCAGCUGAAGAGUAUGCCAAAGACCUCCUAACAAAGCGUGGUGAUAUUCAGCCCAAUCAAGUUCGUAAGAUCUUUGGACUUGUGAAGCGUGGUUCAGCACCCCGAGGGAUUGAGCCGAGCAAUGACUCGUCCUUUGCAGUUGGCUGCUUCCGUCGAGGUGGUGUGGUCGGUCUUUUGAAGUCUACGAAGGAGUACCCUUUCGUGACUCGUGCAUUGAACCAAUUUGCGCAGCGCAAAGCCCCUGGGCAUGUUUACACCACCAUCAAUUUGCUGCACAAUGUGUCCGCAGAUCCUCACAAGGAUUCCCAUAAUGCUGGGAUUGACAAUGUUGUCAUUUCGUUAGGAGGCUUUACCGGUGGUGGUGUUUGGAUUGAAGAUGCUGCAGGAAGAGACAAAUGUCCUUUUCCAAGCGUUUCGCAAAUUGGCAAGAUUUUGAGUUUCAAGAAAGGGGUUAUCCAGUUCUCUGCCAAAAAUCGACUACAUGCCACGCAACCUUGGACUGGUGAUCGGCUGGUGAUGAUCUUGUACGCAGCAAAAGAUCCAGCUUCUCUUGAGCUUGAUGUCUUAGAUGCUCUCAUAGGAGUUGGAUUUCCUUUGGACAGUCACCCGCUGGUUGAUGUCAUUCCAGCAGAGAUUGAGUCGUUCGAAGUGCCUUCCUCUUCGUCAGGGGGGCUGCCCAAGGAACAUCUUGUCGAGGCAAACCCUGAUGGUCCAGCUGCAUCUGCGCUUCCUGAAGGGGACAAGCCUUUAGAUGUGAGUUCGCCGGGAGUUCCCAUUGUCGACGAUGCCCAUGUCAGCGAUCGAGUUCGCAAAUUGAGAGAUGAAGCUGUGAGCGUGAAGCAUCGCUUAUUCCAUUUCCCAAAGAACCCGUUCUGCGAUGUGUGCAAUCGAUCCAAACUCUUAUCCCGAAGGGUGCGCCGCAAGCCUCGUGAUGAGGAUUCUGAGCCCGCGUUGCUUGAAGCUUCGGAGUUUGGAGAGGUUAUUGCAGCUGAUCACAUCCAUGUGUUCAAGUCACCUAGUGACUCCAAUGCUCCCGGAAGAGAGUAUGUGGUGUUGUGCCUUCGAGAUCGCUUCACAGGAUUGUUUGCUGCUUACCCUGCCACAGAUCGUUCAACUGAUUCCAUCUUGACAUGCCUCAAGCGUUUUGUUGGGAGGUCGGUUGUAUACGUGCUGGAUUUAGCCAAAGUUCGAUUCAAACUUGGUUCUUGGGAAGAGGAAAUAUCUGUUCCUGAAGCAGAACUGUAUGUGCGCUCUGGCGAUCCAGUGUUUCCCCUCAAAAACGCAGCCGAACACACGCUGCAACUUUGUGGAGGAGAAGACUUCGCAAUACCAGAUCCUCUUCCUCUGCCUUUCUCAGGCGACCAAGCCAACAUCAAGAAAAAGGCCCGAAGGAUCUACAUCACCUAUUCAAGAUUUCUGAAGCUUGGCCCUACUCCAGGCUGUACUGCCUGUGAAAGAGACCGUUCCGACCACAAUCCUGAAUGUGUUGCUCGUUUUGAAAAGGCGUUCGGGGACGAGGCCAAAACUUCGUCUCAACCUUUUGAGGAUCACGAGAGGCUCUUGUCUUUCGAGCAUCUUGGUUUGCCUGAUCUUCCGCCUGAGAUCGACCCAGCCGAUGAAGAAGCAGUUGAAGUGGAACUUGCUGCUUUGGGUAGGUCUACAGGAAGAGAUUCUGAGUCAGAGCUAGACUUCCUCAGGACGCCGGAAUACGAACCUUCCAUUCCCGAAGAUGAUGAAGCACUCCCCGGUGUUGGAGCUUUGCCUGCCUGUCGGAUCCCUUGGCCAUCGAUCAGCUCAUCCACCAAGUCAGUGCAACUCCUGGUUGCUGCAUCCAUGGAUCCCUUGAAUGUGGACCUUGGUCAGCGUGGUUCUUGCAUGGGCUCGCAGGACUUCCAAUGUGAUCCACUCGGAAACUUGAUGGUCAUCAUGAGUGUGAAAGGUUUCUGGAGUUCCUUGUCGAAACAAGUUGACCUCGAGCCUUAUGCUCCUCUCACCAGAGUGCUUGGUCGCAGUCAUCGCCACGUCUUGUAUGACAAUCAACCAGCCCUUGCGUUGGAAACUGAAGACUUCGCCAAACAGUGUGUUGACUUGUAUGAAUCCUUGGUUGGUUCCGCUGUUAAGCACCAGAGGACCCCGCAUGUUGACCCAGGAGCUCUAUCACUAAGUGAUAAUGAUGCUCGGGGCUCUCUUGCUGACAGCGCCGCUCGCAUCCUGAUGAAGAUUCUGUGGCUUGCACGUUUGAAUCGCCCAGAUCUUAUGGUGGCCGUCACUACCCUCACGACCAAUGUCUGUCGUUGGUCAGUGAACGAUGAUAAAAGGGUUGCCAGGUUGGUGGGUUACAUUGCUGCGACGGUUCAAUACAACCCUGUGAUGUUUGUCCACGACCCAGCUUCAUCUUUGCACCUUGCCCUGUAUGUGGAUUCAGAUUUCGGCGGCUGUCCUGACACCGCGCGUUCCACAAGUGGGUAUAUCGUUGCCCUUGAAGGAAGCAACUCAUUUGCUCUUCUGUCAUGGUCCAGCAAGAGACAGAAAGUGGUCUCAAGGAGCUCUACCGAAGCAGAAUUCGUGUCCUUGAGCAGUGCGCUGUUCAAUGAUGCCUUGCCAUUACUUGAAGUUUGGCAAACCAUAAUCCCUGGCAUUAAGCUCUUGUGUCGUGAAGAUAAUGAAGCUUGCAUUGCCAUUGUCCGUAAAGGAUAUUCAGCUAAGCUGAGGCAUUUGUCCAAAACUCAUCGCAUCAACGUUUCAUCUACGUGCGAAGCUGUGAACGACAACGAUGAUGUUGAACUGGGCUAUGUCAACACUAAUGACCAGAAAGGUGAUCCUUUGACGAAGGCUCUUUCGGUCCAGAAGUGGGCUCAUGCACUGAAGUUGCUCCACAUCUCCACUGAGCAUCUGCCAGAUGAUCUCAUCCUGCACUUCUUGCCUGCCCUCAGCCUUGCACUGCGUUGUGUCAGUGUACGGCUGCUCCCAAGCAGUCCAGAGCCUAGCACCAACUUUGAAGCAAUGAAUGAAGCCGGAGCGCAACCACAUGAAAAAGCCACGCGAGUGCAAAUGAUUUCCUCAUCAGUUUCAGUGGAAUAUCACCCGGACGAUCAAAUCUUCUUGGUACAUCGUCUCCCUGAUGGUUCAGAGAAACGGGAACUCACCACGUCCAUGAUUGUUGAUGCGAUGUUCGAGGUUAAGAAACGCGCUGCAGUGUCCAACUUAUCUGACAUUAGUCAAAUUACAGGCACAGCGCCCGCAGGACCCAUCAAAGAGGAGGAGGUUGAUUAUUCCAGUCUGGAAUGGGGUGACAUGGAUCCAAACUAUCGGCGGGAACUCGAGAAACGUCCUGAAGUUAAGGCAGCUCUUCAACGAUUCAAGCGGCAAUCAAAGGCUGCACGGCUCACGCCGUCAGGAGAGUUUAUGGAGUUUCAUACAGCCGAAAUUCCCGCGCCCGACAACCCGCCUACUCUGGCUGAGGAUUUCAAGCAGAGGGAAAUGACCGGGGACACAUUGGACUCUGCAAUCAAAUUUUAUCAUGAGCGUCAUGUGCAGCCCAGUUUCAACAUGUUAGCGGAUGCCGUGACGGCUAUGUCCAAUCGGAAGGCGCCAUGCGUGCUACAAGCUUUGAAUUUACACCAGAUGCAGUUGAGUAACCUUGAGGGCGAAAUCUGCCAACGCACGGUUCUCUUGCAUAACAUCCCUCCGUUCGCGAAUUAUUCUUCCAUACAGGGAAACCUGCAGUUCCUGUGCGGGGUGGCUGGUCUGGAUUUUCACCAUGCGGUCCAAUCUUGCUCAACCCACAUUCUCUCUCCGAAUGCCGCGAUCCUGAGGGUUGUCUUUUUGCAGAUGCAGGGAAGCCGCGAGUUUGUCAUGGCUUUUCGGAAAGGCGCAAGAUACUGGCGAGACUACCAGGACCGGGGCAAUGAUCGAAAGAUACGAGUUGAGAAAGAUGUUCCUUUCUCAACUCGUUUGGAGAGGCAGCCGUAUUAUGCCUUGCUGGACAUGCUUUCGGACAUUUCUCCACCUCCUUAUGGCUCCACCUCCUUCCGUACAGAUUUGUCCUCCCUACAGAUAAAAACCCCGGAGGAGUGUGAUGAGGAUAUGGUCUUGGCGCAGGUUGUUUACCUUCCUUUCCGAGGGGAGUUUCGAUGCAUUCUGCUUGUCCAGCCCGAUCUUGUGACCUCGCUACAGUCAUCCUUUGGACGUCAUUUCAAUGAGCGCAUGAUGAGUACACUCAUACUCCUGCAGGAGGCCUUCCACAUGUUCCCGUAUUCUAUCGAGCACAAUGUUCUGGACCCCGCGCUGGCAGAUAAGUUGAGGACAGACCCCGGAUUUAUUCACAAGGGGUAUGGAGGGCUGGGUCAGGUCGUCAAUUCCGCGCAGUUUGCUCGCGGCACCAACCCUGCAGACUACGGGCCGGGUGUGGGAUCUCAUGGUGGAGACAAGCGCAAGGGUUACGCGAAGGGUAAAGGGAAGAGCGGCAAAGGAAGAGGCAGCUCCACUUUUCAUGAUCCGCAGAUGCGAGACAGGGAUGUGGACAUGGAAUUCCAGGGCUCUCGAGAUACCCGCAGACGAGCCAGCAAUCAUCGGGAGGAGUAUGAUGAGGACUUUGGCUCAGACGAGCGGUAUUACCGACAUCAAGAUCGGAGAAGUUUCCGAGAUGUUCGUGAUGCUCGCAGAGAUGUUCGUGAUGAUCGCCGCGACGUUCGGGAUCGCAGCCCCUCCCAGCACAGGCAGCCCAGACGUUAUCAAUACCAGCGUGAUUGGUGA